AUGUUGCACUUGCAACUUUAAAUACAACAGCUUUUUUACCGCUUAUCGUUCGAUAUCCAUUUUCUACAUCAAGCAUCGUAGUGACUUGUAAAUCUGGGAACAGUAAAGUGGCAGAAGCACGAUACCUUUAUUUUGAAAUUUCAGAAAACAGCAACAUCGAAAACCUCGAAAAUGAGUUUCAUUUCAACACCCUCGUAGAUGAGACUAAAGUAAGCAAUAAAUUAUGCGUUCUUCCUGACCUUAAAGUCAAGAUCAAAGGUGGCUUUUCGACUUCAGCAUCUAAUAGUAAAUGGGAAAUCACUAAUGGUGGACCUAACAUUCAUUUUCAGAAAUUAUUAGGCAAGCGUAAGUUUGGCCAAACAGAAUUUGAAUCUGAACCACUAUUAUUUGGAAUUGUAUCAACCAGAAAUAUAUGGCGUUGGAUUGGUUCUCCAGAAAAACCUAAUGUUGAUAUUUCUCGCCGAUUUAUUUGCAAUUUUGAAGGGGAUAUGCAGAAUGAAAAAUU